GCGCCCCUCCCGCUCCCAGCGCAGAGUGCCACGGUGGCGCGGGUGGCGGCCGCGAGACCGGAUUCUUCUGGCCCUGCCAGCCUCGCAGGCCGUAACCUGUAAUCCAGCCCCGAGCGUCGCCUGCUGGGGAGGGCCCGGCCCGCCUCUCCCGCCACAGCUAGUCCUGGACCUCUAAUCUCCUCCUGCGCGUCUGCGGGCUGACUCACCUGCCGGAUGUGGGCCGGGGGGAGGAGGCCUCAUGUGGGGCGACAGAUGCGAGCGCCGGGUCUCUAGUUGGCGCCUUGAUGGGGAGGCUGGAUGGACAGACCCGCAGUAGCCCCCAGGAGCCGGCCCUGGGCUGCGGGGAGACGACAGGGGCCGGCCCUGCCCUCCAGGAGCGCUGUCUGGCCAGAGCUCGUCCCGCCUCCGCACCGCGCAGCUGCCUUAGCCCACCCCAGGGGCCAUAAAGUCAGAUGGGACAAGGCUUAGCUGUGGCACCAACUCGGCUUCCCAGACACCCCACCAGCUUCCUCCCCCACGCCGCCAGCCCCAGCCCCAGUGGUUCUCGCACCCCUCCCCUCUCCCAGCUUGGGUGUCCGAUUACGGCUCCUUUGCUCUCACUGUGACUUUGGCCCAGGCUUGGGGGAAGUGGCCCGGAGGGUCCGCAACGGCUGCGGCUGCUGCGUAAAAUUGGCAGGCUCAGAACUAGGGGGAGGGUGUGUGUAUGUGCGACGCUGAGGGGCGGGGAGAGGGGGCGGUGGAGCUGUUGUGUGAGUCCAAGACCGUGGGCUCUCUGAGAGAGCCUUAAGCCCGAGCAGAGGUGGCGGGGGCUCAGCCCACUGUUCACUGCUUUCUUUCCACGGCCUCAUUUUGCGAACUGGAGUCACACUGCUCGAAAGGGCUUAGCCCGCGACACUAGGGUGCCACGAACCCGCUGAUGCCCCAGUGCUCACAAGGCUUCCAGCUAACUAUGCCACCGCCGCCUGCCGCUGCCUUGGCACUGCUGCUGCUGAUGGUGCAGACGCGGACGCGCGCGCUCGAGUCCUCGGGCCCAGAGUACCUGCGGCGCGGCUGGCUGCGGCUGCUGGCGGAGGGCGAGGGCUGCGCUACCUGCCGGCAGGAAGAGUGCGCCGUGCCGCUGGGCUGCCUGGCCGGCCGGGUGCGCGAUGCGUGUGGCUGCUGUUGGGAAUGCGCCAACCUUGAGGGCCAGCUCUGCGACCUGGACCCCAGCGCCCACUUCUACGGGCUUUGCGGCGAGCAGCUGGAGUGCCGGUUGGACGCAGGCGGCGACCUGAGCCGCGGAGAGGUGCCCGAGCCGCUGUGCGUCUGCCGCUCGCAGCGUCCUCUCUGCGGGUCGGACGGCCGCACCUAUGCGCAGAUCUGCCGCCUGCAGGAGGCGGCUAGCGCUCGGCCCGACGCCAACCUCACGGUGGCACACCCAGGGCCCUGCGAAUCGGAGCCCCAGAUUGUGUCGCACCCAUAUGACAUUUGGAAUGUGACGGGGCAGGAUGUGAUCUUUGGCUGUGAGGUGUUUGCUUAUCCCAUGGCUUCCAUCGAGUGGAGGAAGGACGGCUUGGACAUUCAGCUGCCAGGGGAUGACCCCCACAUCUCUGUGCAGUUUAGGGGUGGACCCCAGAGGUUUGAAGUGACCGGCUGGCUGCAGAUCCAGGCUGUGCGUCCCAGCGAUGAGGGCACCUACCGCUGCCUCGCCCGCAAUGCCCUGGGUCAGGUCGAGGCCCCAGCUAGCCUAACAGUGCUCACACCAGAACAGUUGAACUCCACAGGCAUCCCCCAGCUGCCAUCCCUGCACCUGGUUCCUGGCGAGGAGGCUGAGAGUGAAGAGGGCGAGGAUUACUACUAGAUCUGGAGCCCUGGCCCAUGGGGUGGGUGAGUGGGGAUAACGUUCAUCCCUGCUUUUGAAAAGACCUGGAAAGGGGGACUGGGCCCCUCCAUGGAUUGUUUCAAUGCCCUUAGUCCAGGGAAUUGUGAAGGGAGACAAAAGUUGAAGGGAGGGUAAUGAGAUAAGCAGAGACUAGGGGAGGUGGGAUGUGAAGGGGCCCACGAAGGAGAUGCCCUCACUGGGGGAGUCUCCAGAGACCAACCAGGCAGAAGGGAACAACAGAUACUGGUGGUUCCUAGUGGGAGUUCCUCUCCCUGCCCUUGCCCCGCCCCCCCCCC